AAUAUUUUGGGUGUGUAGGUGGAAAAGUCAAACCUUUGAAGUAACCCAAGUCUGACAAAAAAUGAGGAGCUCGAGCAGAGAUGGGAAUGAAUUAGUGAAGACAAAAAAUGAGGAGCUCAAGCAGAGAUGGGAAUGAAUUUGUGAAGACAUGAGUCCGUUGCACGACAAGAAUGAAAAAGUAAUUGAGGGUAUCAUAGUCAAAUGUAAAGAAGAGGAUGAACAACCAAGGACUAAGCCAAAUUUGACAGAUCAAUUUACUUGUAGAGAAGGAAAAAGUGAAAUCAGAAUUCAUCUUCCUCAUCAAACAAAGGAAGAGGAUAAACAACCAAGGACUAAGCCAAAUUUGACAGAUCAAUUUACUUGUAGAGAAGGAAAAAGUGAAAUCAGAAUUCAUCUUCCUCAUCAAACAAAGGUUUCUAGUGCAAAAGAAACACAUGAACACGGCUCUAAAAGGAAUGUUGCAACAAAUGAAGCUAUAAUGGCAAUUCAAUCAAGUGAUCUAGAGUCAUUGAAGCAAUUUAGAGCAUCAUUCAUGAUUGCACAAGGCACCAAAGAUACAAUGAAACAAGGUCUUGAAAAGAAUUAUGCAAAAGAUGAUGUCAUGACAGCAGUUCACUUAAUUAGUAAUCUCUUAGGAAAAGAUUCUGUACAAAGAAAUAAGGAAGCAGUGAAAGACAUUGUUGAUAAUGUUAGUGCUAUAAACACAUCACCAGAGACAACUCCAUUUGACUCAGAAUUCAUUGGAGCACUUGAUACUGAAGAAGCAAAAGAUUCUAGUGUUCAAGAGGAACAUAAAUAAGAGAAUUCCACAAAAACAAUCAUCCCUAAUGCUAUUCCUUCUCUCCAUCAUCGUAAGUGUCUCUCUUUACGUGAUAACUUUACACUUUUUCUUUAAACAUUACUUUGCCAACUUUCUUGACUGUGACAGAAACACAAAAUGAAGAUUCUAGCCCUUCUGCUCCUAUAUAAAGGAUUUGUGACAUGGCUUUACUUGCACAAGCACUCAAACAAUAUCCUCACCUAGUGCUACCUCAUGAGCACCUUACCAAUCGAAUAACAUCACUAUACUAUAGAGUGCUUGAUAGGAAGAAAAUUAAAAAGAAAUAAAUGAAGAUAUUACAAAGAUAUUGUAGAUUUGAAUAUCGAAGAUAUUUUGCUCUCAUAUUAAUUACAUAUAUUUUGUUUUAAUUUGAA